GGUGAUUGGCAUUAGGAAGGAAAGAAAUGGACACAACCCAACUGCCGCAGAACACCUUCAAUGGGGUCACUAACAGCAUCCACACAUUUGUUCUCCUUCAACUCCUCCUCCUGGGUGAGUUUCACUCCAUCUCAGUCCUUCCUCAUACCCACAAAAUCCCCCUUUUCAACCCCUCCUCUCAAGCCCAGAAGCCCCAAUCUUCUGAGUCUCUCUUCAGCAAAGGUCAGAGCUACCCUGGAUGAGAAAGGCCAAAACACCACUGAUCCUCCUCUUCUUCUUCAGGAAACCAAACAGCCCACUAAGGAAGUGGAGGAGAGUGUGAAAUUGCUUAAAAAUGCUGCGAAAACGAGACGUGUUGCGACGGAGGAGGUUCUGUCUGCUCUCUCUGUGAUAGAGAAAGCAAAACUUGACCCCUCAGGGUUUCUUGAGACACUUGGUGGAUCUAAAUCCCCUGGGAAAACCUGGAUGCUUAUUUUCACUGCUGAGAAUCAAUUAAAGGGCGGUAAAUAUGUCCCCAUUACGGCUGUUCAAAGGUUCGAUGCUUCUGGAAAGAGGAUUGAGAAUGGGGUUUAUUUGGGACCAAUUGGAUGGUUAACAUUUGAAGGCAGGUUUUCAUGGAAGAAUAGAAUACUUGCAUUCAUAUUCGAGUGCAUUCGGAUAAAAAUUGGACCUUUCAACCCUUUCGAGAUAAAAUUCGGAGGAAAAGAUGAAAAGGAGCCGAGCACGAAGGACCCAUUCUUCAUCUGGUUUUACGUUGAUGAGGAACUAGCUGUUGCUCGAGGCAAAAGUGGGGGGACUGCCUUUUGGUGCCGCUGUCGCCGUGUCUUUGCUCUCUGAUCCCUUUCGGUUUAUACGUAGAUUUUGCAAAAAAAUGUUAUUGUAUAUCGAUGUUAUAGGAUGAAACGAAUCAUUUGUAUUGUGAUGCAUGUAUGCUACACUGGGGAACUAGCUUAGUUCUUGGAAAUUGGCCUGACUGGUUCAAAAUUUGUGAGAUCUCGUUCAU